CUCUGGUCGCGGGUGCAGGAGGCCUGGCCCCGUGGGGCGUCUGUUUGCGUUACGGCUCGCGUGUCUGGCCGUACCCCGAUCCCUCCCUCCCCCCACCGGCUGUGGGCCGGACCAGUCUGCCGUCACCCUCCCUGUGCUGUGGUGCCCGCCCGGUGUCAGCGGCGGUGGCCGGAGAAAGUGGAACAGGCUGGUCCGCUGUUCGUCUCAGUGCAGACCGUAGACUACGGGUCGUAUACGGAGGAAAUCUCUACUCCCAGGGAACAACGCGUCGAAGACCAGGCGUUAUCUACCGUGCACUGACUGUCCUGAGCACUGCGUCACAUUACAGACUGUUGAGGUCAUGUCUGGGGGCCCUCUGACGUCACACGUGCUGGACACGUCCAGCGGCAGACCGGCACGGGGACUGGCUCUGACUCUCUUCAGGAAACAAGACGACGACUGGGUGAUUAUCAAAGCCAGUGAGACCAACAGCGACGGUCGCUGUUCGGGCUUCCUGGACCGGGAACAGUUCACUGCCGACACUUACAAGCUGCGGUUCGACACGGAGGAAUAUUUUCGCCGAGCCGGGGGCACCACCUUCUAUCCAUACGUGGAGAUUGUGUUCCAGGUGGUCCGGCCGGGAGAGCACUACCACGUGCCGCUCAUCCUCUCCCCAUACGGCUACAGCACCUACCGGGGCAGCUGAGCCACGUGACCGCCGGAACAACCCACUUUCCAACCACAAUCAAGCUGUCACUGAGUCACGUGACUGUCACGCUGUGAGACUUAUGUAAGCACGGAAUUAUAUCAGUUCAGUGCAUUAUAAGACGUAAAGGAAAAUGCAGUCAGGCUUUAAAAGCGCUGCAUAUCGUCAAUUUAUGAACGGGGUAGUGUGCUUGCGAUGUUCUACAACGACAAAUACAAACUGAUCAC